CCAAGGGGGCUGGCUGCUUGGGUGGUCCAGCAGCUCCCCUACUAUUUACUUUCUUUCCAAGGAGAGGCCAGAGGGAGGGACCAGUCAGGGAGUAGCCUGAAGGACAGGUUGGGGUCAGGGAAUGUGGGCCCAAAGGCCCUCCUGAGCGUGGGCAGGGAGCCAAAGAGCUGGGAGUGCCCGGGGCCUCCCCCCUCCCUCCCCACUCCACUGCUCAGGUGGAACCUCCCAGGGGUCAUCUUCGCCAGGGAACAAGAGAGCCAGGGAACAAGAGAGCCGACCUCCUCUUUCAUCAGAUCACAGCCCAGGCCCAGCCCACAAGGCUUAACACACACCCGCCAGGAGGGAGAGGAGAGGAAGAGGAGGAGGAAGAGAAGAGAGGCAGCCCGGCCCAUGCAGACUCUGGGGCAGGGAGCAGCAGCAGGACAAGUCCCCAGCAGGGACUCCCUCGCCUGGGCUGAGGCACUGGCUCCCCCCUCUUCAGUGGCCAUUCCGUGUAACUUGAAACUUGGAUCUCUAGGACGACCGACAACAAAAAAGCUGAGGCCGAGACGGCAGCUGGCUAUCAGCAGCGAGGAGGAGCUCACUUGCUUGCACUGAGGAGAGGCGCCCAGGGAGCAGCAUCAGGUCAGAAAAGAGAAGUCAGGGAAGGAAGGAAGAGGUGGCGGCCAGGGCUGAGGAGAGGCACGUGGAGGCUGCUCGGCUCCCUAGCACCUGCGGUCACCCCCCAACUCCAACACCUGAGCUCCCAGCCCGACAGGAACCUGGCGCAGCAUGGCAGCCACCAACUUUGCGCAGGAGAUACACUCCAUGGGUGAGAGGCUGCUGCUCAAGCUGCAGAGGCUGCCCCAGGCCGAGCCCGUGGAGAUCGUGGCCUUCUCAGUCCUCCUCCUUUUCACAGCCACUGUUCUGGUGAUGCUGCUGAUCGCCUGCAGCUGCUGCUGCACUCACUGCUGCUGCCCAGAGCAGAGGGGCAGGAAAGUCCAAGUGAGGCCCAUGUCCCCACCGUGAGGGACAUAGAUGACCGAGGAGACACUAGAGAGGAGACUGCCAAAGUCACAGCCCAGGGAGCAGCCUGGCCCUGCAGCCCUCACCCUUGACGACAGAGAUCGAUCACCCCAGCUCUGGCCCUGCCCAGGAACCCAGACACUGACACCUGGAGCCUCAUCAAGGAAAUAAGGUCUGUUUCGGCCACAAAACUCUCUCAUCUCUCAGUGAACACUGGGUCCCGAGGAGGAGUCGACUGUUGCAAAGACUGAGUAAGCCACUGGGAAUUCUUUGCCUGCCUGCACUUUCUAACAAAACAUGGAAGUGGGGUCCCCAUACCUGGGUGGAGAACAGCCCACACCUGUGAGGAGCUGGCCCUCGGGGCUCCCACACCAAAGAGGAGCAGGCCAAUCAGAGGGACUUUGUGCAAUGGUGACUGGAGCCCAAGCUCCCUGCCAGAGAGGGGGCAUGUCAGUAUUCUGUUACAGUAUUGGUCUGUUUGUUUCCCAGUAAAAGCUUUUGGAUUAUGUGUUU